CAGCCCUCCAGCCCGCCUUCCCGCCGCAGGCAGCGACCCUCCGAGCUGAACCCCAUGGCCCGCGCCGCGAACCCCGCCGCCGCCCGGCUCCUCCGCGCCGCGCUACUGCUCCUGGUCCUGGUGGCCGCCGGCCGGCGCGCAGCAGGGGCGCCUGUGGUCACCGAACUGCGCUGCCGGUGCCUGCAGACCGUGCAGGGGAUUCACUUCAAGAACAUCCAGAGCGUGAAGGUGACGCCCCCGGGACCCCACUGCGGCCAAACGGAAGUCGUAGCCACUCUCAAGGCUGGUCAGGAAGUUUGUCUCAACCCUGAAGCUCCCAUGGUUAAAAAAAUCAUCAACAAGAUGCUAAACAAGGACAGUGCCAACUGAUCUAGAGAGCUGGAGAGAGCUUACUGGCUACUACUGCAGCCUUAGUGGAAUCAAAGUGAAAGAAGAAAAACAAAUAGCUCCUGGGGCCACCUGGACUGCGUCUAAUGUUUUUGCCUGUUUCUUAUGAGAGUUCUUCUAUUUAUUUACAUAUGUAUUUAUUUAUUUAUCUAUUUUUCAAAGCCUGUAUAUUACUGUUCUAUCUAAAAGGUAUGAAUGUGUUUGGCAAUUCUCUGUACUGUUAUUUUAAAAGGUCAUUUUUACAUUAAAUCAAAGUUAAUUCAGUGCUGACUAUUAUUUAUUUGAAGGUGAUGUGUUUUAAAUGUUUUUCAUUCAUAAAACUAUUGUGGUUUAUUUUUGGCCGGAUACCACACUGUACCAUCCAUGGUGAUAAAAGCUGGAGACAGUAGCGGGGGAUCCAAAUAAAUAGAUCACUGUUAAGGUAGGGGAAUGAAUGUGUACAUUUACUUUGUGCACUGAUGAGAAGAUGGUCAGUUGCUGACGAUCUAUUUACGGAAAUCAUUUCACCGUCAACAUUUCUGAUGCUGAAACUUUAAAAAUGACAAUGUUCUAAAUAUCCCUUGGACAUUUUAUGUCUUCCUUGUUAGGCAUAAUGCGUUGUUUCGUGUUAAUUAUGCAGUAUUUUUCUUUGUCUUGGAAUAGAGAAGUUUAAAUAUUUAUUAACGUAUUUUUAUAAAUAUCAUGAAAAUAAAGCC